AUGAGUUCCAAGAAAGGGUACCACAACGGCAUCAAUCUAGUCGUCAUAUGGCUUCAUUCGUCUGGCCGCUCGAACAUGGUCAACGACGACGGUUCAAUCAACCUCAACGAGUUUGGUUACGCUGAGUUCACAGAGUUUGUGCUGUACAAGUACAAACACGCAAAAGUCUCUCCGUCGACACUUUCUGGUUAUCGUUCUGCGAUAAAGGACUACUACAACCGACUCAAUGUGCCAAUUCCUGCUGGCUUUGCCAACGAUGCCACGGUCAUCUUUCAAGGAAUUCGCAGACUCUGCGCAAGCGAGACCCAAUCUGGCACAAUCAAACCAGGUGGGAAGCAGCCUCUACGUCACCUCCAAUAUGUCGCCCUUUGCAAGGAAAGUCUCUCAAAGCUCGACGCUGAUUUCACGCACCUGUUUCUCAUCUUGACGUGGAACCUCAUGUGCCGAUCGAAAUCGACUUCGACUGUGCGUAUUGACCAUUUGACCGACGAGGGCGACGCGAUCGGCGUUACAUUCUUCAAGUCGAAGACCGACCAGGGAGGCACGAAGCGGCGUGAUCCAAAGCACGUUUAUGCGAACCCACUGCGACCAGAGACAUGCUGCAUUCUUGCGUUGGCUCUCUACCUCGCUUGCAACACCCAACACGAUUCUGGCAACUUGUUUCCUGGUUCAGCGCAGCGGGAUCGCUUUGGCCGCGGCUUGUCCCAACUUGUUGAAGACGCUCUGCCUGCCGCUUCCAAUUCCCUGGGAACACACUCACUCCGUAAAGCACUCCACGUUCGUCCACGGCCUAUGUCUUCCUCCUCCACCCCCAUUACGCCAGCGCAUCAACUGGUCCUCGACCGCAUGUACCUGGUGUUCGGCGAACAAGACACUGCAACCCUUCUCGGGGGCCUCUCCCCCGAGAACCAAGCCCGUCUGGUGGAGGGCAUCGGUUGA